AUGGCAUCACAGGCAUACCCUAGCGGCGCAGCCGCAAGCUCUCCCCCUGAUAUCCCCCCAUUCCUCGUUCCCGUCGUCGUCGUCCUAUCAUCCACCUCGAAAUACCUUAUCAGAGCAUGGCACACCGUCCCCGGCUCAGCCGUGAUCGGGCGUUACGUCCAGAGCUCGUACCAGAACGACCCCUGGAGGUCACUUCUCGAGGUCUGCCUCGUAGCGUUCGCUCUCUACACGCUGCUCAAGGGGCGUACGCGUGGCGAGGGAGAGGGCAAGAGUCUCAAGCUGAGUGAAAAAGAAAUCGAUGAGCUCGUCGACGACUGGAAGCCCGAGCCACUCAUCGACCAACUCACCGACCUUGAGCGGGGGACGUUGGACAGCAUUCCCACUGUCUACGGCCAGAAUGGUGUACGCGUCAAGCUUUCCCCGAACGGCAAGCCUGUGGUCAACAUGGCCAUCUACGACUGGCUCGGCAUGGUCGAGAACGACCAGCUCAAGGACGUUGCAAUCAAGACUCUUCGCGAUUACGGCGUUGGAUCUUGCGGUCCCAUGGGUUUCUACGGCACAAUUGAUGCGCACACAGCCUUUGAGCAGGACAUUGCUGCCUUCCUCGACGUCGAGAGCGCCAUCAUCUACGCACAGGCCUUCUCUUCCGUCUCUUCCGUCAUCCCAGCGUUCGCCAAGCGCGGUGACAUUAUCGUCGCCGACCGCGGCGUCAACUUUGCCAUCUGCAAGGGUCUGCAGCUCUCGCGGUCGACAAUUCGGUGGUACGCCCACAAUGACAUGGAGGACCUUGAGCGCGUGCUCACCUCGGUCUCGCGCGAGAUUAAGCGCAAGGGUGGCCGGCUUACGAGACGCUUCAUCGUCACCGAGGGCGUGUUCGAGAACGAUGGCAUGAUGGUCAACCUUUCCCGCAUAAUGGAGCUCAAGAAGCAGUUCAAGUACCGCCUCAUCCUCGACGAGUCAAUGUCGUUCGGUAUGGUCGGGGCUCACGGCCGCGGCGUUACGGAAAAGUACGGUAUCCCCGCGAGCGAGGUCGAGAUCCUCGUCGGCUCGAUGGCCAACGCCCUCGGCGCUGGCGGCGGUUUCUGCGUCGGCUCGAAGCACGUCACCGCUCACCAGCGCAUCAACUCGUCCGCGUCCGUCUUCUCCGCCGCCCUGCCUGCCAUGCACGCGACCGUAUCGGGCGAGGCCCUGCGCGUCAUGCAGGCCCGCCCCGACCUCAUCCCCACCCUCCACGCCAACGUGCAGGCAUUCCGCGCGCAGCUCACGCGCAUCGAGACUGCCCCCGAGGGCGGCGCCGAGAACCGCGACGCGCUCGUCAGCAUCCCCAGCCAUCCCGAGAGCGCACUCAUCCACAUCUUCCUCCAGACUCCUCCGCCAUCGCUCGAGGAAGAGGAGGCGCUGCUGCAGGAGAUUGUCGACGAGGCACUGGCUGGAGGCGUGCUCAUCACGCGCGCCCGCCGCCUGCGCGGACAGGAGCCGAUCGAGCCCGAGCCAAGCCUCAAGAUCACAGUGUCAGGCAACAUGACUCGCAAGGAGGUCGAAAAGGCCGGUCGGGUGUUGCGCGACGCGAUCGUCAGGAUUGUGCGCAAGCCCUAG